AUGGCUGAAAACCCCGCCCCGCAACCGAACCCGAACCCAAACUCAACCACAGGCCCAGCAAACACAGACACGACAGCCGAUCAGCAACAAAAGGAAGCGCUGGCGGCCUUCACAGCAACACUGCACUCAGUCGGGGCGAACCUUGAGGCGCCACUCCGUGACCGCGCUGCAAACAUCCAAUCCAACGCGGUAGCGCUAGAAAGACAAGAGGCCGAGCUAGCGGAGAACACGCAGCGGCUGGCGCGACAGAAUCAGCAGUGGAUUGGGUUUGCAGAUGAGACGCGCGAGGGGCUAAAGGAGAUUGGGCAUGUGCAGAACUGGGCGGAGAUGAUUGAGCGUGAUUUACUGGCUUUGGAGGAUAUGAUGGAUGAGGUCGAGAGGGGUCAUGAGGAUUAUGAGAGUGAUGAUAACUAUGCCCGCAGAGACAGCCCUACGGAGCUGAACGGGGUCGUUGAGACUGCCGAUGCAAAUGGGCAUGCUGAUAUCGAUGCCCAUGGGAAGAAAGUGGACCAGUCGGCGAAAGGAUGGUUGCGAUGGUGGUGA